ACCAGUGACCCUGCUACUCGCAUAGUUCAGCAAGAAAAAACCCUCGUUUCGACAAUUCGUCCGAUUAAAAAGCCACAAGGAAUCAAAAAUGGGGUUAUUCACCCUCUUGAGUAUCGUUACAGCUUCAGCUUUUGGCGUUGCGCUUGCGAGACCACCUGUCAAAUUCCCAAAGUCACCAUUCCCUAAUAUCACAGCCGCCUUCGCGGCCGGUAUCGAGUGCUUUCCGUUCGAAGAUCCGCAUUGCUGCGUUGACAGGGCAGUCUGCCAGUGCAUUAACGGUAUGUUUCGAAGCCACUAUGAAGUUGACUUCAAUUCAAGCUCUUCGCUCUGCUUGCCCCCGGGAAAUGUAACUUAUGGACAGGAUAUGGGAAAUAUCCCCGGGUUUUGCUGCUAGACAGGGGUAAGCUCUAGCAUGGUUCGAGGAAUAAGAAUAAUGGAUGUUAUAAUGUGAGGAUGACAUUCUAGUAAAAGGAUCGAUAAAGGUUACUCGCCAUCCUAGAUUAGGACCUCUCAGUUUUCUUGGAAUCACUGCUCUUUAGUUAGCUAAAAUACCAUAUUUAAGCCCCCCUUUACGACAGCACUACAAGGGGCCUCAAAAACAACACCGUGAACGAUAAACGCCGA